AUUCCUCCCGGCCUUAUGAUGAAAUUUCUAACAUUAGAUUUCAACGUCCUGCGUCUCGAUUUUCGAUUGGCUGUCUUGCGUAUGACAGGCGGGAGUCAGCCGACGCCUAACGCAAUCAUGGCUUAAAAAAGAAAAAGGGGAAUAUAAAGAAAAUCAAGAAUCGACUGAUGACCGAAGAGGCGAAACGGUAUCGACCCGACUUGAGAAGGGGAAGCAUCGUUUUCAAGUAGUCAUGCUCACAAGCUCUCGCGUCUCGCUUUCUUGAUUCCCUUCCUUCAUUCCGUCACUGGCUGCUCUGUUUGACUCUCUCCUCAGAGACGCAAUCCAAGAAAAGAACCGCUCCCUCUGAUAUUUUGAGAUGACUUUGCUGCGGUGAUUCUGAUUGGAUUGCUCCUCUGAAGUGGGAGAACUCCGCUCCUCCCUAGAACUUAUCAAACAAACAGAGAAGAUCUCGAGGGGGAGAAACAGAAGCAGAGAGGCUGAACAGAGCAUUCUUAAAGUCUCCCUUUUUCUAGGCCGUGUGAAGGAGAAGGAGAAGGAGAAGAAGGAGAAGAUGGUUUAUGAUCGGGAUAAAAGGGACCUCCCGACUCGCGCAGCUCAAAACGGGGCCGACGCCGUUGACUCGGGCCACACCCGUCUGCACGAGCUCGGCUACAAGCAGGAGCUCAAGCGCGACCUCUCGGUGAUAUCGAAUUUCGCGUUCUCGUUCUCGAUUAUAUCGGUGCUCACCGGCAUAACCACGCUCUUCAACAAUGGGCUCCGGUACGGCGGGACGGCCUCGAUGGUCUACGGGUGGUUCGUCGCUGGUUUUUUCACCAUGUUUGUCGGGUCGUCCAUGGCUGAAAUAUGUUCAGCUUACCCGACCUCUGGGGGCCUCUAUUACUGGAGCGCCAAGCUCGCAGGCCGGAAUUGGGCACCGUUCGCCUCUUGGUUGACUGGCUGGUUCAAUAUUGUUGGUCAGUGGGCAGUCACAGCUAGCAUAGAUUUUUCUCUGGCACAGUUGAUUCAGGUUAUUAUUCUCCUAAGCACUGGUGGCAAAAAUGGCGGCGGAUAUGAGGCAUCAAAAUAUGUUGUUAUUGGUUUCCAUGGGGGAAUUUUGUUCCUUCACGCUAUUAUAAACAGUCUUCCUAUUUCGGUUUUAUCUUUCUUUGGACAGCUUGCUGCUCUUUGGAAUCUUGUAGGUGUUGUUGUUCUCAUGAUUCUCAUCCCCUGUGUUGCAAAGGAAAGGGCUAGUGCCAAGUUUGUUUUCACUUACUUCAACACUGAUAAUGGGGAAGGCAUUGACAGCAAACCCUAUAUAUUUGUUCUCGGACUUCUAAUGAGUCAGUAUACACUUACUGGGUAUGAUGCAUCUGCUCACAUGACAGAGGAAACCAAGAAUGCUGAUAAGAAUGGUCCGAUAGGAAUUAUUAGUUCUAUCGGGAUAUCUAUCAUUUUUGGAUGGGGUUACCUAGUAGGCAUCACCUUUGCAGUGACAAACAUCACCUAUCUCCUAAGCGAUGAGAACGAUGCUGCUGGUUAUGCAAUUGCCGAAAUAUUCUAUUUAGCAUUCAAAAGCAGAUUCGGCAGUGGAGUUGGGGGUAUAAUUUGCCUAGGGGUGGUGGCUGUUGCCAUAUUUUUCUGUGGCAUGAGUUCAGUCACCAGCAAUUCCAGGAUGGCUUAUGCAUUUUCUAGAGAUGGAGCGAUGCCAUUGUCAUCUCUGUGGCAUCAAGUGAAUAAGCAAGAGGUCCCGAUAAAUGCAGUUUGGCUCUCCGCUUUUAUAUCCUUUUGCAUGGCGCUGACCUCUCUUGGGAGCAUAGUAGCUUUUGACGCAAUGGUGUCCAUAGCGGUAAUCGGGUUGUACAUUGCUUAUGCCCUCCCAAUUUUCUUCAGGGUGACGUUGGCUCGCAAGUCCUUUGUCCCGGGGCCAUUCAACUUGGGACGAUAUGGGGAGUUAGUUGGAUGGACUGCAGUCCUCUGGGUGGCAACCAUCUCGGUUCUCUUCUCGUUGCCUGUGGCCUACCCCAUCACAAAAGAGACACUCAAUUAUACUCCCGUUGCAGUCGGCGGCUUGCUCAUUCUUACGGUUUGUUCUUGGGUCUUCAGCGCUCGGCAUUGGUUUAGAGGUCCCAUAACCAAUAUAGAUACUUGAAUUCAGUGUACUAGUUUCACACGAUGUGCAGAAACAUGCAGCCAUACAAGAAAAAUGCAGUAGCUAUGCAUCCAUGACGUUGAAUAGAAAUCGCAGCGGGCCCCUCUUUCUCUCUGUUCCUGCCAAAGAUUUUCUUUUUAACACAGCAAUAUACUUGUUUAGAUGUGUGCGAGACUGUUCGUGCCAUAACUCCAGUAAAUCGAUGUGUCAUGCCAUCGGAAAACUCAGACGACUGGAACAAAGUGUUAUUUAUGAGACGGGAUUCUUCUUCAAUUCAUGCUUGUUCAACUGAUGAUUUAAUAAACCUAUUUUGC